AUGGGGUCCCCGGGCAAUAGGGGUUCAUGGGGCCCCUGUGUCCUUGCCCAAAUUUAAAAAAGCCUAUGAAAAAGGUACCAGGGGCAUCUCAUUGGGCCCCUUACUGACCCCGGACCCUCAGGCAGUGCCCAAGUUUCCAAAUGGUUAGUCCGCCCCUGGUUGGCCCUAGUUGUGAAUACCAGGGGCGGACUGACAACACAUGAGGCCCCUGGGCAAUUGGGGAUCAUGGGGCCCCUGUGUCCUUGCCCACACUCAAAACACACCCAAAAAAUCCUAUAAAAGGUACCAGGGACAUUUUAUAGGGCCCCCUACUGACCCCAGGCCCUCGGGCAGUGCCCGAGUGUUCGAAUGGUCAGUCCGCUCC